UCCCUGCUCUGAGAAUGCCUGCGGAAUGAUCGCCCCCCAGGGCGGCUGCCGCUGCUGCCGCUACUGCUACCGCUGCUGCUGUUCCUGCUACUGCUGCUGCCACCGCCUCUGCCUCCACUCCGCUCUGACUGGCAGGCAGAAAGUGCAACUGACGGGGGAAAGGUCUCUGCAGUGAGUGGAGUGGCUACAUAAAAGAGAGUAAAGAGGGGGCAAAAACCCAGAUCAGAAUGCAGGCGACGUCCAACCUUCUCAACCUCCUGCUGCUGUAUUUGCUUGCUGGAUUAGAUCCUUCCAAGACUCAGAUUAGUCCCAAAGAAGGGUGGCAAGUGUACAGCUCAGCGCAGGAUCCCGAUGGGCGGUGCAUUUGUACAGUGGUUGCUCCAGAGCAAAAUCUAUGUUCCCGGGAUGCCAAAAGCCGGCAACUCCGCCAGCUCCUGGAAAAGGUUCAGAAUAUGUCCCAGUCUAUUGAAGUCUUAAACUUGAGAACUCAGAGAGAUUUCCAAUAUGUUUUAAAAAUGGAAACCCAAAUGAAAGGCCUGAAGGCCAAGUUUCGGCAGAUUGAAGAUGAUCGGAAGACACUAAUGACCAAGCAUUUUCAAGAGUUGAAAGAGAAGAUGGAUGAGCUCUUGCCCUUGAUUCCCGUGCUGGAGCAGUACAAAACAGAUGCCAAGCUGAUCACUCAGUUCAAGGAGGAAAUUCGGAAUCUGUCUGCCGUCCUCACGGGGAUUCAGGAAGAAAUUGGUGCCUAUGACUAUGAGGAACUACAUCAGAGGGUGCUCAACUUGGAAACCAGACUUCGUGACUGCAUGAAAAAGCUGACAUGUGGCAAGUUGAUGAAAAUCACAGGCCCUGUGACAGUCAAGACAUCUGGAACUCGAUUUGGCGCUUGGAUGACAGAUCCUUUAGCAUCUGAAAAAAAUAAUAGAGUCUGGUAUAUGGACAGUUAUACUAACAAUAAAAUUGUCCGUGAGUACAAGUCAAUUGCAGACUUUGUCAGUGGGGCUGAAUCAAGGACAUACAACCUCCCUUUCAAGUGGGCAGGAACUAACCAUGUUGUCUACAAUGGCUCACUCUAUUUUAACAAAUACCAGAGUAAUAUUAUCAUCAAGUAUAGCUUCGAUUUGGGGAGAGUGCUUGCUCAACGAAGCCUGGAAUAUGCUGGUUUUCACAACGUUUACCCCUACACCUGGGGUGGAUUCUCUGACAUCGACCUAAUGGCUGAUGAAAUUGGGCUGUGGGCUGUAUAUGCAACUAACCAGAAUGCAGGCAAUAUUGUCAUCAGCCAACUUAACCAAGAUACCUUGGAAGUGAUGAAGAGCUGGAGCACUGGCUACCCCAAGAGAAGUGCAGGGGAAUCUUUCAUGAUCUGUGGGACACUGUAUGUCACCAACUCCCACUUAACUGGAGCUAAGGUGUAUUAUUCAUAUUCCACCAAAACCUCCACAUAUGAAUACACAGACAUUCCCUUUCAUAACCAAUACUUUCACAUAUCCAUGCUUGACUACAAUGCAAGAGAUAGAGCUCUUUAUGCCUGGAACAAUGGCCACCAGGUCUUGUUCAAUGUCACCCUUUUCCACAUCAUUAAGACUGAGGAUGACACAUAGGCACAUGUGAUUUAUUUUCAUUGAUCUAAACACUGUCAUUUGUGAUAAACUCAAUAGGAGCCCUUCUGUUUUUUUAUUAUAAUUUUCCAUCAUUUCUCCAAAACAGAACAUUUUUUAUUAUAAAUUUGGUGUUUCAAAAGUCUGCUGAGUCUGUCUAAAUUAAUGUGUUCAAAACACAUCUUAACCCCUGAAUUUACAAGGCCUAUCAUGUCAUUGUCAUCAAAAGCACUAAAAAGAGCUUUAAGUGGCUAAAGUCAUAGUUUUGCAAAAGAUUAAUGAUCUGCCUUAUAUUAGAGUCAGAGACUAAUGUUGGCUUACAUGCAUGAAUGUCAUUUUCUUUUUAUUAAAACUGUCAUUUUUUUUUACUGUCUGUUGCUCCACAUCAGGAAAUAUUUUUGGUAGGAAUUAGGGUUAAGGAAAAAAAAAAGCUUUUUCCCCAUUUAUUACUAAAAACGAUUUCAUUUGUAUAGAAAAAUAGUAUUAAUCAUUUUGCUGUUAACAGAAUUCUCUGAUGCGGUGCUGUACAGUCAUUUUUAAAUCUCUUGCUAACAUUUUAUUGGCAAUAUGUAUUUCUAUCAUUGUAACCACCAUUGUGCAAUUGUAUUUCUUCACUUCUGUGAAAGUACAUAAUAUUUUUUAUAAAAUAGAUUGAAAUUUAAUCUCAGUAAUUAUUUGAGUCAAUUUUCAAGCAUAGUCAAGAAGAGUCUUCUUGACUUACGCCCUUACACAAUCAUUAUAAACUAAAAAGAAAAUCAAAGCAGCUAUCUUACAUAAGAGCUUUUAUUUUACCCCAAGUUCAAUGGACCACUGACGUUGAAGGCAAAAACUGAUUCAAUGCAGCCAAGUUACUUUGUUCACAGGAAGCAGCCCAUAUGGUUGCUUGCAAAAGAUGCAGAUGAGUCACAAAUUUUGAAUAUGGGUUGAAUUACUUAUAUAUUAUACACCAAACACAUUUUUUGUUUUUAUUAAUGAAAUAUAUUAUUUAUUAAAUAUAUUUUAUUUUACACACAACUUGCAAUAAUGUAAUUCCUUGUAUCUAAAAGUACAUGAAGCACAUAAAUACUCUUAAAAAAAGAAAAUUUCUACAAUGUCCUGUAGAUUUAGAUUUUGAGUUCUGAAGAGUUAUUGUCAGGGCUUAUGCAAAAGAAAAUGAUGAAGAGACUUGGGAUUUGUCUGUUUGGUUUCAAAUGUAUAAAUAACCAACUCAGAAAGUGAGUGAGAAGGUAACCCCUUGUUAUUCUGAUUCAUUGUACAUGCAGAAAUAAUGUAUCCAAAAAAAGAAAAACUUUAGUGAUAUUUUGUUCAUUAUUCUACAAAACAUAUAUCUAUAUAGCAAACAUGUCAUUGAGUUUAGAUUAACUUUCCAUACAUUAUAUUAAAAAGAUUUCCUUAAGGCAGCUUUAUAGAAAUUAACAUGGAUUGAUUUUGCAAUUUUAAAAAUAUAUUCUAUAUUAAAUAUUAUAUAUCUUAAAUAGUCAUAAAUAUUUAGUUUAACACAUGUCAUUCCACAUUUUCUUUAAAAAUAGGACAUAAUACUGCAAAUAAAGCACUGUAUAAAGAAAUGAUAAUAUUUAAAUGUUAUUUAUUUUAAAUGUCACAAGUAAAACACCUUCUCAAAUAUCUCCCUUUCAAAAUUGUAGGAUUUAAAAAUCCAAUCU